CUGCCCGUAGCUAGUCACUAUACUGACUGAGCUAUCCCGGCUCAUUACAAAACAAUUAAAGUAAUCUAAAUAUAGUAAUAUUUCUGGUUGGGAUUUCAGGUUCUUAUGCAAAAGGAGAAAAGAAGGUUGCCUUCUGGAACGUUUCACCGUGUAAUAUGGUACGUAUUGGCAGACGUUUCAAGGGAUCGCACUGUCUCCAUCGCCACUCUGACGACAGAAGACGGCCAUCUUCAACACGCUGGAAUUUACGUAGGUUAGAGAGCGCGUUAUGCGUCACGUACGGUGUGAAGCAAAGUGUGGGUUGAAGACCGCGUAACGCAAUAACGGGAACUUUCUUCUUCUGCGUUCUGUGUUCAAUAUGGGAGGCAUCAUUUAGACGCGAAGACGCCCACAAACGGUAAACAUUUUAGUACUGAGGUCUGCCAACGUAUAGCGACCAGACAAUCCAACGUGCAUGCAGAGAGGAACUUCGUAAAUACCACGAGAGUGUUGUUUGCUGCGAUAAUUUGACGUCCAACACUUCGGUUGCCAGGCUUACGAAGUUUAUAUAAACAAAUGAUGUUACGAAUUGUCUGUGACCCAUCAAUUUGAUUACCAUGGCUCGCGAGGCAAGGCCUGCCCGUACACCUACGAUUCAACUUGUAUCCUGAGUGUAUCCAGAUCGAACCUGGACAAUGAAACUAGGAACUUUACCCGAGAAGUGCGCAGGCGCGGGCUUCAGGCACGCCCUAGUGGUGGCAGAAGCGGGAGAAUCAGCAAGCGAUGGUGGAGGCGGCUCAGUGAAUGGUAGCGGAGUGCCUGGACGCGACAGAAUGAGUGCCGUGAGAAAGUCGUAGCUGCCGAGACGACGCGGCUGGCGUGAGGUUUCUGAUCGUAGGGUCACGCUAGAAUGGUGGGGUCAUGAGGAAGUACAGCCGCGGUGCGGCCGUCACCAGCGAUCAUCUGCCACGAUCUUCAGUUGCGUGGGUGCGGAUAAUGUGAGCUGCCGACCACCAUGCUCAACGGAUCUUCAGAGGGGGUGCUCAACACCUCCCUUGGGCCCACGAUGCCCGAGGGGGCAGGUCGCUACUCCAUCCCCGAGAUGGUAUUGAUAGCAAUCGUAGCCGGCGCUCUCAGUUUGGUCACCGUCGUGGGCAACUCAAUGGUGAUGAUCUCUUUCAAAAUCGACAAGCAGCUGCAGACUAUCAGCAACUACUUCCUGUUCAGCCUCGCUGUGGCUGAUUUCGCGAUCGGCCUUAUCUCCAUGCCACUGUUUACAGUGUACACUUUGUUCGGGUACUGGCCUUUGGGACCACACAUCUGUGAUACGUGGCUCGCACUAGACUACCUAGCCAGUAAUGCCUCGGUGCUGAAUCUGCUCAUUAUCAGCUUUGACCGGUACUUCUCGGUCACCCGGCCGCUCACUUACAGGGCGAAGAGAACCACGAACAGGGCUGCCAUCAUGAUUGGAUGCGCGUGGGGCAUCUCCCUGCUGCUGUGGCCGCCGUGGAUCUACUCUUGGCCGUACAUAGAGGGCGAGCGGACGGUUCCGGACCACGAGUGCUACAUCCAGUUCAUCGAGACGAACCACUACAUCACAUUCGGGACGGCCAUCGCAGCGUUCUACGUCCCCGUGACGGUCAUGUGCAUCCUGUACUGGCGCAUCUGGAGGGAGACCGAGAAGCGGCAAAAGGACCUGCCAAACCUGCAGGCCGGCAAGAAGGAUAGCAGCAAGAGGUCCAACUCCAGUGACGAAGCGAUGGAUCUGGAGGACUGGAAGCGAUCACGGAGCGAGUCCAGCACAGCGGCCGAUGAGCUGGAUUCCACCUACAUGCAACGCACGAAGGCGCGGCCGCUGACGUGGGCAUGGGUGCGCGACUGGUGCGUGGCAUGGUGGCAGUCGGGACACGAAGACGAGAGCAUAGACCCGGACUACGAGGACACGCCGAGCGACAUGGGGUACGCGACGCCUGUGUCGGUGGAGACGCCGCUUCAGUCGAGUGUGUCGCGAUGCACCUCGCUCAACGUGAUCCGCGACCCCUACACCUCGAUGCAGCAGCAGCAAACCCCGACACGCCAGCACCACUUGCAUCACUACGACUCUCGCAGUCUUCCGGCCUCUAGUCGACUCGCCGCGCGCUCCGUCUCCAGCGAUUCGGUGUACACGAUACUGAUCCGCUUGCCUCCGGACUCAACAAGCUGUGAUGGCAGUGGUGUCACAGACCAACCUUCCAUCAAGAUGAUUGCUGAUGACGGGCGUGUGGACAGUGCUACGAGUAUGGGCAUAGACUAUAAUCUGAGCCUUCACCCUGCAGGAGGAUUCCCCAUUUCACCUGCAAUCACAAGACGCCCAUCUCAAAUGCCAGAUAUUCGCAUACCGCUCAAUGCUAAGAUUAUUCCCAAACAAUUAGCUACUGGCUCAAGGGCAGGUUUAGCUAAUGCUGGUCCCAAACUUCAACAUCAACAAAAGAAGAAGAAAAAAACACAAGAGAAAAAAGCUGAUAAAAAAGCUGCCAAAACACUUUCAGCAAUUCUCCUUGCAUUCAUUAUCACGUGGACCCCAUAUAACAUUCUGGUGCUCCUCAAGCCACUGACUGCAUGCACAGGCUGCAUUCCUCAAGAACUGUGGGACUUCUUUUACUAUCUGUGUUACAUCAACAGCACAAUCAAUCCGGUAUGUUAUGCGCUUUGUAAUGCUUCCUUCCGGCAUACUUAUGUUCGAAUUCUUACUUGUAAGUGGCACAAUCGAAACAGGAGUGCCAUGAAUAGGGGAUUUUACAAUUGAACAUAUUAACAUUUGUUACUCGAAGAUGCAAGAUGGCACAGUUGCCAUCGUCACUGAACACCAUUCUACCAGUUGGUGGAGGGAUGAACCUUGCAGUGCAGAUCCACAAGUCCCUCCUGAUACUGCUGGAAACUAUCUACAGGGCUGCAGCAAGCCAUGGUUAAUAAGAUGCCACCUCAACUCCAUACCAGGUGUGAAUUCUAAACUUGUUCUUCAUUAAGUGAUCUGUUUAGAUAUUCAUUAAACAUAACAGUUCAUUAAAAUGGAGAGGUUAGUUUAAACGAAAAAGGCGAAUGCCAAUCACUACACAUAAAUAUCUGUUUUUUCAUACAAUGCUGAGAUUGGCAAAUGUAGAAUGAAUGUGUAUCAUAACAUUGAUCAGAAGGUGUAUGCAUAAGUUGGUGGAUGGCACUGACCUCUAAGAUGUGUCAGAUUACUAUCAGCUACAGAAGAGAUUUCAAUGUUGUGCCGGUUUUAAAUCAGAGAAUUAAAAAUCUUCCUUUUUUUCACAAAAUAUAUAUUUGCAUGUCUCUAUACAUGUAUUUGAAAAGCAAGGUGUGGAAUCAUCAUGAAUGGUUUUAUUUGAACAGGUUAGGACUUUCUUUAAAAACUUUAGGCAACAUGGUGAUGGUCAAAAAGUGGUAGAUCUUUCACUGCUGUAAACACAAAUUUCAGUCAGGUAGAAAUGCUCA